UCUAACAGAAGACAGGAGUGUUUUUGCCAAUAAUGCACUAUAACGUUGGAUGCUGAUAAACCCCACCCCAGAAGAAGAAGAGUGCAAGUUGUUUGAUGGAUAUCCAUGUGUUCAGCUGAUCUGCCGUAUGUGAAAGAGAGAGGAGCGGGGCACACUUUCUUUCAGUGUGCUGGGAUGGAGAGAACUGACACAACAUGGAUAACGCCUGUGAAAAUGCCAGAUCAAGAGAAUGGAGCUAUGGUGAUGGAUACAGCCGCCAUGAUAUGGCUCAGUGGGAAAGUGCUCCCCCUGCUGGUGAAAGACAGUACCUCAUCCAACAGGAAAGGGAACGCCAGUGGCUGAACCAUGAGAAAGAAGCUGCCAUACGGGCCCACUACAACUCCCUUAGACAAAACUCUCCAAUGGACUUCCGUGGACAUGGGGCACAAGAGACCCAGCCGCCGCAUCUGUAUCAUCAGGACCAUCACAGAAUGGCUCCGAGUCAGAACAUAAGGGAUUGGCCAAUCCUCUAUGAACCCCUGAGAGGCCAGGCAUCCCCUAAUGUAACCUUACACCACAGUGGAGAGAGAGCCCAUGUUUCUGUUAAGCAUGAACCCCACUUCCCCAGCUAUGAGUUUUUGCCCCCACUCAUUGUCGAAAGAGGGCAUGAGGAUAUAACCCAUCACCAUAAAGCUGACCGGGAUUAUAUGGUUGGUCGAAUAGUGAAUUAUAACAAUCUCCAUUACUUGGAAAGCAAAUGGCAGAUGUUAGAUCCCACCCAUUCCAAUGGACAUGCUAGAGGACAUUUUAAUGAACAUUCAAGGGGACAUUCUAAUUCCUAUUCCAGGGUUCAUUCUACUGAAUGCUCAAAGGGAAGUUCUAGGGGUGGGUCUAGUGGACGUUCUAGGGGUGGGUCUAGUGGAUGUCCUAGGGGUGGCUCUAGUGGACGUUCUAGGGGUGGCUCUAGUGGAAGUUCUAGCGUCCAUUCCAGCAGGUCUCCCAGGCUGGACUUCCAGGCUAAGCAUGUCAACCCUUUUCAAACUAUGACCAACAGUUCUCCAGACAUUCAGAAUGCCAACAUCACUCCAACUGUUUCUAUGGUCAACAACAAACACAGUGAAACAACACCAGGACAUACAACAGGUCCUGCGAGAUAUUCUACAUCACUUGUUUUUACGGAUUUCCCUUCCACGGGAGGUACAUAAUUUGGUGUUGUUGACCUAAAAGCAGCCCAGGUAACAAAUGUAGACACCCAUGGUAUACUAGGACCUAGUGUUCCUUCCCAAGCCAUAACACAACACACAGAUCAUCUUCCUGGCAAUGCUGCUCUGGUUUCUCACACACAGACCUCUACCACCCCUGAACAGCAACAUACUUCCUCUCCUUCUCUCACUGACACCCCUCGGGAAAAACCUCAUAAACAUAAGAUCUCACUCAAGGAAAUACAGCACUGGCCCCAGAGUGUUUUAAGAUCUAAAAAUGGACCUGUAAAUGGGAAUAACUCAACACAAGACCCCUCUCAGUCCCUACAAUUCAGCACAGAGAAGAUGUAUGUUUUACAAGCAGGCAAAACACAACUACAUCUAAACACCAAAGACUACCAGGCGAGGCCCCCUGAGAGGUUUAGUGAUGAGGACUCCACUAUACGGCUGGAGAUUAAGUCCACCCCCAGGUACAUGACCCUGACGGCAGUCGCCACCGCUCCGCCGCCCCCCGUGGCUAUCGUCCCGCCAAUGGGUCCACAGCAGUCCCCAGAGCCCAUGGAGACAGAGAAUGCAGGCAAUGAGCUGCCAUUUAAGAUUUUACAGACCUGGUCCAUCAACGAAAAACAGGCGGAAAACCUGUGGGAAAGAGCUAAAGAUGAUGCAAGUUCUCUCUCUGUCCUAAAUGAGAUGGUUCAAGUUGAGUGUCUUCUGGAGUGUGAUAAACCUGUAGAUGCAUCUGCAACAAGUUCAAUGGCAUCUACAGGAGAGGACAAUGAUGAGGUCCUUCAGGUCAUCACACAAAUGGACAAGAGAUUACCUUCACCAUUUGUCCACACCAACCCUCAGGCAACUGAUAUUGUAUGCAUCGGUGGUGCCCAGAUACUUGUGGAAGGUAGCUCUAAUGUUGCAGAUGAGAGCGCUCUUGAUUUGUCCACAAUUGCUGAAGUUCAGUUCAAGUUAUGUGCGCUGCAGAGACUGGUUACUUAUCUGGAGAGUGCGACAACAGUCACAGAGGCAAAGGAUGGUUGUCUCGAGGCCAUAUUGGAGUUGUAUUGGGGAGGGGAUACCUCUAACCUGUUAGAAGCUUUAAAAGAUCAAAUGGAUGAGAAAAUCAUGCAGGAUAUGUCUGCCUGGGCCACAGAGGAUGAGAAGGCAGUGGUUCUCUUUGCAGUCAGUGGUAUAUCACUGGGGGAAGUGCUUGAGAAGUUUCCCAUUCCAGUACAUGUUGACACCUCUUCCCAAGUGGGUUACAGGUCAUCAUGGUUAAAUGUCAACGAGAAGCUGAAUGACAUUGACAAAGAUUCUGGAAGAGCUUGGUCACUGUGGUUCAUACCAGAUAAAGCAGAGGACAGUUCCAAAGUGGUUGGGGGUGUCCAGAUGGAUGAAACCUUCCACAGUAAGAUGGAUACUGUGGAAUUGCCUGCAGAAGCAACAGACUCAGACCUCAUAACAAACACAGACCUCACGAUGGAUGCAGAGCCCCCAACAAACACAGACCUCACGAUGGACGUAGACCCCCCAACAAACACAGAUCCCCCAACAAACACAGACUUAGAGGCAAAACCCCUUUCCCCAAUGAUUUUGACUGUCCUCACACCAGAGGACGCUGUGAAACUGCUUGCUGAAACAGAGGCACCAGACACAGACCUCAAAACGGUCGUAGACCUCACAACAGACUCAGACACAGAACCCCUUUCCCUAAUGAAUUUGACCAUCCUGACAUCUGAGGAUGCCAUGAGACUGUUUUGCCAGAUCGAGAAUGAUUCUGACCUCCAAUUCACGUCCCCUGAAUCCUGCUCUAAAAACAAAGAUAAGACACAGACUAAGCAACUAGAGAAUAUAGAAAGUGGCAGCUUAGAUAAGUCCUGCUACUGUCCUUGUGGUAUUGAAACUGACAAUGGGUUUGAAAUGGGCCUAUGCUCCAGUUGUCAGAGAGAGAAAGGAUUGCAGCAAGGUACAAGAUGCAUAACAAUCACUCACUGCUUUACCAUGUCAUGUACAAAUGAUCAGGAGACAGAGGUCCCUAAGGACUCUGGGGGGAAGGUGACUGUUGACAGUCAAUGCAGGGACAAGAAGCAGAUACAUUCAACUGAAGAAGAGGGUGAUGACAAUAAGACACAGAGUGAAAUGCAGCAAUGGACAGGCGUCAUACCGAUCAUUGACUUUUUUUUCUGGUCAGAUACAAGUGAGGAUUCAGAUCAGGAGACAGAGGAGAGCUAUAAUGAACAACAUGCUCAGAUUGAGGCUCAUGCUUCUAAUGUUAAAAGGACAGAGCCUGAAACUGAUGCCAAAGCACCAUGUGAGUCAGCCCAAGAACGUACGACCCAAAGCAAAGUCAGUCCUGGUUCUGAGGAUAGGGAAAGAUGGCAAGAGAAGGACCAAGACUGUAGGACGAGUACAUUACCACUUCCCAAGGUUGAAAACCCCUCUAAGUUAAGAGCUAACAUCAUAGCAGACAACUGGUUUUCACCUAUAGAGGACUGUGGUUCACCUGUAGAAAAGUAUGACAAAGUUGCUGACUUUGUCACUCAAUACAAAACCUGCAAGUCAAAGAAAAAAGUACAUAAAAAAAUGGAAAAGGAGAAGACCCUCCAUCCAACGUCAUCUGACAGGCAAAGUUACAAGAAAAGCCAUGGGAGAGCAGAGAGGGGAAGGACACCAUCCCAAACCGCUAAGAGCUCUGGGUUGAAGGCAACUGUGGAUAAUCAAUGCAGGGACAUGAAGCCACAUGCAUCACACAAGUGGAGACAUUCAACUGAGAGUGAUGAAAAUCGAUGUAAAGACAAGAAGAGGGGAUCAUCAACUGUGAAAGAGUGUGAGGGCUGUCAAUCCAGGGACAAGAAGCCACCGAAGAGGAGACAUUCAACUGAGAAAGAGAGAGAGGACAAUCAAAGUAGGGACAAGAUGUCACAAAAGAGGAGAAAUUCAACUGAAACUGACGGCAGGAACUCAGACUCCAAAGAGUUACAGUGCCAGUUGGUGGACAUAGAGAGGGCCAGUGGAAACUCACUCCCGUGCCCUGGGGUGAAAACCCUCCCAUGUGCAAGGAUCCUCAACCACCACCAUUCCUCUCAAAAUCUCCAUAAACAUCCCCAAAAAGCCUUCCAUAAACACCUCACCCUCAAAACAUACUGAAGUCCCCAGAAUGCCAAAGACUAAAGCCCAGAACAAAACUAACAGACACCGCUCCCCUGCAAAGUCAAUGUCUCCUGUUGUCAAAGAGCGGCAGAGGAACGACAUCAAACACAAGCAAAAAAUGAAAUGCCAAAAAGUCAGAUUGAAAAAGCUGUCCUUACCCAAACAUCUUGUCAGGAAAGGUUCUCCACCAAGCCGGAAGAGCGAGGAAGAUUCUCCACCAAGCCGGAAGAGAGAGAAAGGUUCCCCACCAAGGCAGAAGAGGGUGGCGGAUAGAGGAGAGUCUGGGAGUUUAGGGAUAAUGGUCUCUAAGAUUCCUGACUCGUCCAAGAAACUAAAACCUACGGCAGAGAGUGACUUGACAUCCCAACAGAAAUUGACACAGAUUCCGAAGGUGUUGAAAAAGAUUGAGAAAGGAAGGUUGUCAAAAAGUGAGUGUGAGUACGACUUGCUGCCCCCCAAGCCAAAGCUGCCAAGGAUUCUGAAGCUUCCGAGGACUCCAGAGGUUUCAAAGGAUUGGUGUGAGAGAGAGAACAGAGGAGAGACAUCUCCCAGUGCUUCACCUGAAUCACAAACGCUGAACAAAUCUACAAGAGUGACACACAAGCCCAAACCUUUUAUCAAGCCUGCCAGGCCCAAUGGUUAUAGCCCAGGUAGUCAUGCUUGCCCUAAACCGGCCAGGUUAUCACCGGAACAUGACAACCACCAUUUUGGGGCAAAAGUCUCUGCGAGGCAGCAGGUGUUCUCAGAUUGGGAGAGCAGCUUUGUCCCGACACCAAUCCCCCGGACUCGCAGGCGAUCAGGGUGUCCUCCAGAGGAAGUGGAAGGUUCACAGGCCAGUCCCAGGUCCAGCUCGGAGACCAGGAUCAUCCGACGCAUUCUAAAAUGUGUCGAUGCUCCGCCGAAACCCAAGCGGAACAUCAGAUUUCCUUUGAAUCCAAGGAACGUGCACUACUUCAAGCCCUGUGAAUAUGAAAAUUACGUCAUGUUCAACAGGUCUUACACAGACCCGGAAGAUGCACAGCACUCUGAUGAUGAAGAGGAAGAUGCUUCUGUGAACUGCCAGAACAAGAAGAACAGCCCCCCAUUAUGGAAGCGAAGCAGCAAGAUGUAGGGGGGCUGAAGCCUGGACCAAGCGGUUUAUGUGAAAAGCGCUUCAAAAGGAAGUGGGAAAUGCAGGAGCCUGCUGCCAUUUUGAUGAAGGAGAGCAUUGUUCAGGCAAAGCAUUGGACGAAGUCUCUCCAUCGUGAUCCUCCAAAAGAAUUCAGGCACUCAGCAAAAAAAACUGGAGUUGGUUACAUCAAGUCAGAGAAGCAGAAGAGGCCAAAUGAAAUUGAAGAUGUCUCGGUUGGAGUACUAGGAACGGGAGCACGCUGAUCUGUGAUCCAAGAUGAGUGGGACAAACGCGGCUUCUGGAGCGGCGCCUUGCCGUUUUGCUCACUACUUUGUGAUAUGCGGAAUAGACACCGAAACUGGGCUGGAACCGGACGAAUUAGCCGCUUUGUACCAAUGGCUAGAGGCUGACCGCCAAGGCAGGGACCCCGAUACAGCAGCCACAGGGGAGAACUUUGAGCAGAGCCCCCUGAAGAGGACGUUCAAGUCUAAAGUCCUGGCCCACUACCCUGAGAACGUGGAGUGGAACCCCUUCGACCAGGAUGCUGUCAACAUGCUCUGUAUGCCCAAAGGCCUGUCGUUCAGGACACAGGCAGACAGCCGCGAGCCCCAGUUCCACUCCUUCCUGAUCACGCGGGAGGACGGCUCUCGCACUUACGGCUUCGUCCACACCUUCUACGAGGAGGUGACGUCGCCUCAGAUCUGCUCGGCCAUGCAGACCCUCUACCAGAUGCACCAGGCCGAGAACCCUUCCUCCGCCACCCCCUCCUCCUCUUCCUCCUCUUCCUCCAGUAUGGACUCUCUGGCUAGCAGCCUCGACGAAGCAGAUUCUCCGUCUUCAUCCUCGUGCCGGUCGGCGGCGUGCGGCGGCUACGACGCGUCGCGUGACACGCUCUACGUCUCCAAGGCGUUGUGUCUGAUCACGCCCAUGCCCUUCAUGCAUGCCUGCCGCCGUUUCCUGUCCCAGGUGCACCGGGCCGUCACGGCCUCUUUGCCUCCACCCCUCCCCCUGGAGAGCUACGUGCACAACAUCCUGUACGAGGUGCCCCUGCCCCCUCCGGGACGCUCGCUGAAGUUCCACGGGGUGUACGAGCCCAUCGUGUGUCAGCGUCCUGGGCCCGGGGAGCUGCCUCUGGCUGACUUCCCUCUGGGCCAGACCUUCCCUCUGCUGGGGGUAGAGAACCUGGUGCAGCUGUUUAACUGUACCCUGCUGGAGAUGCAGAUUCUGCUCUACUCACAGGACUACCAGCGGUUGAUGACAGUUGCGGAGGGCAUCACCACCCUGCUCUUCCCGUUCCAGUGGCAGCAUGUCUACGUGCCCAUCCUACCCGCGUCACUGCUGCACUUCCUGGAUGCCCCCGUGCCCUACCUCAUGGGCCUGCAGUCCAAGGAGGGCACCGACCGCUCCAAACUAGAGCUGCCACAGGAGGCUAACCUGUGCUUCGUGGACAUUGACAACCACUGUAUCGAGCUGCCUGAAGACUUCCCCCAGUUCCCUAACAAACCAGAGUUAAUCCAGGAGCUCAGUGAAGUCCUCCUCCGCUACGGCAUAUCCCCAGUGGGGGGCGCUCCUCCAACCUCUGUCCCCACCUCCACCACCACCCUUGGGUCUGUCUCUGUCUCUACCCGUCACCCUGGUCUGAAGAGCCAACAGGCCCUGAGGGAGCUAGAGGACGAUGGGAGGAAUGGGAACCUAGGAGGGGAACAGUUAGCUGUGUUGGAGCUUCUCCAAGGGAACGCUACUCUGGAAAGACUCCAGGCUCUGGCUAAGAGAACGGGGGUCCGCGUGGAAGCCCUGAGGGGGGUAGGGGGUGAGGGAGAGGCUCAGGGGGGGAGGACGGCAGUCGAUGAGGAGGAGCUGAGGAACGCUAAGCUGAAUGUACAGCUGAGGGAGGUAUUCGCUAGCAGGUUUACCAUGAUGUUCGCAGACUAUGAGGCCUUUGUCAUCCAGAGCGCUCCAGACCUGGAGUCCUGGCUCACCAACCGAGAGCAGAUGCACAACUUUGAUAAGGCAUCCUUCCUGUCUGACCAGCCGGAGCCCUACCUGCCCUUCCUGUCCCACUUCAUCGAGACCCAGAUGUUCGCCACCUUCAUCGACAACAAGAUCAUGUCCCAAUGGGAGGAGAAGGAGCCGCUGCUCCGCGUGUUCGACGGACGCAUCGAUAAAGCUCGUCUAUACAAUGUUAGAGCCCCAAGUCUGCGAUCCUCCAACUACCAGAGGUGCACCAUCCUCAAGGAGUCAGCCCAGGCCAUCGAACAGCGGCUGCUGAAGAUCGACCACACAGCCAUCCACCCCCACCUGUUGGAUAUGAAGAUUGGACAGGGCAAAUAUGAACAAGGCUUCUUCCCCAAGCUGCAGUCUGAUGUGCUCUCAGUCGGACCCACCAAUAACAACAGGUGGUCCAAUCGUACCGCUACGGCUCAGCGCAGGAAAGACCGUCACAGACAACAAACAGAACACUUGACUCUAGAUAACGACCUCAAAGAGCAGGUAGAGGGGUGUCUAGUCCUGCAGAACUCCAUGGCGUUUUGGGAGUGGGACAAGUCGUCUCCCCCGCCUCUCAAACCACCAAAAAAGUCUGCCUCUGAGUGCUGCCUGAAGUACAUGCAGGAGGCUCGGAGCCUGGGGAAGAACCUCCGUCAGCCCAAGCUGUCUGACCUCUCACCUGCCGUCAUCGCUCAGACCAACUGGAAGUUUGUAGAGGGACUACUCAAGGAGUGUCGCAUGAAGACUAAGCGUAUGUUGGUGGAGAAGAUGGGCAGGGAGGCGGUGGAGCUGGGUCAUGGGGAGGCAAACAUCACAGGUCUGGAGGAGAACACUCUCAUCGCCUCCCUCUGUGACCUGCUAGAGAGGAUCUGGAGCCAUGGCCUGCAGGUCAAACAGGGGAAGUCAGCUCUGUGGUCCCACCUUCUGCACUACCAGGCCAGAGAGGAGACACUGGAGCAGCAGCAAGCAGAGUCACCAGUGUCAAAUGGUCCAGAGAGAAGAAAGUCUGAGUCAUCAUUAGGGAUGCCAUCGCUGCGAGAGUCCGUCAUACAGGAUAUGAGGCACAUCCAGAGUAUGGGUGAGAUAAAGACGGAUGUGGGCAGAGCGAGGGCCUGGAUCCGUCUUUCUCUGGAGAAGAAGCUGCUCUCACAACACCUCAAACGGUUGCUGUCCCGCCAAGCCUUAACCAAGAAGUUGUAUAAGCGCUACGCCUUCCUGCGCUGUGAGGAGGAGAAGGAGCAGUUCCUGUUUCACCUGCUCUCCCUCAACACUGUCGACUACUUUUGUUUCACCAGUGUCUUCACCACCAUCAUGAUCCCAUACCGCGCCGUCAUCAUCCCAAUCAAGAAGUUGAGCAACGCCAUGACGACCUCCAACCCGUGGGUGUGUGUGUCGGGUGAGCUGGGCGACUCGGGCGUCAGGCAGAUCACCAAGAAUGUCCUAGAGAUGACCUUCGAUUCUGCUUUCAGGCCACACACUCACAUCGACGCCAUGUUCAAGUGUCAGAACCUGGGUAAGCUGACUACAGUCCAGUUGGGUCAUGAUAACUCUGGGCUGCUGGCUAAAUGGUUGGUGGACUGUGUCAUGGUCCGCAACGAGAUCACAGGACACACCUACAAGUUCCCGUGUGGGCGGUGGCUUGGCAAAGGCGUGGACGACGGCAGUCUGGAGCGCGUUCUGAUUGGUGAGCUGACAUCGCCCAACGCAGAUGAGGAUUGUGGGAGAGGGUGUCGCACGCCCGACAUGCAGCAUUCGCCGGGUCAGACCAGACGCGCCAGCAUCACGUCGAUGGGAGGACGUGGAUACAAGCCCACCUCAGCUCAAAUCCAGGAGGCCAUUGGCGAGGCAGUGAACAGCAUCUGCAAACACUUCCACAAGCCUGAGAAAGAGAGGGGCAGUCUGACCAUCCUGCUGUGUGGUGAGGUCGGUCUGGUCGGGGCUCUGGAGCUGUUCUUCCACAACGGCUUCAAGUCCGCCCGCCUCUUCCAGAAGACUGUCUUUGUCUGGGACUUUGUGGAGAAGGCGGUGGCUUACAUGGAGUCAGCAGACCAGAUGGGGGACAUGCAGGAGACUGCUGAGCCCCUGGGCCUGACCUGUGUCUCUCUCUGUCACUAUGUCAGUGCCAUCAACUCCUCGCCCAGGAACAUUGGCAAGGACGGCAAGUUCCAGCUGCUUGUCUGCCUGGGGGCCAGAGAUCGUCUGCUGAUUCAGUGGCUCCCUCUGUUGGUGGAGUGUCCAGUGAUCCAGCGGAUGUACGAGGAGUCUGCUCUGCUGCGGGACCGGACCACGGUCAACGAUCUCAUCGCUGUCCUGCAGACUCUCCACGACUUCCCCAUCACCCUGGAGGCCUCGCUUGUCAAGGGCAUUGACCUUUAACCCCUACCGCACAGCCUGCUGGGAAACCACCCAGACCAGGACCACAUUACCCACAAACCCUUGCUCUGUUUCCUUUUGCCCUUUCACUGUCCCCGUGGCUGUCGUCGAGGCCUGCUUCAGCUGAUUCACUCUGGGAAAAGUCUUAUAGGGAGGGAAGUAAAGAUUGAGGACUUUAGAAAGAGACCAGAGACGGUUCGCUACCAAAGCAAUCGAUUCCACUGCUUCAGAACAGAAGUUUGGGCUUUGAAUCAUUGAUGAUUCAAAGCCCAGUAUUAUUAUUGCAGUAUUAUUAUUACAUAGCUUGUGGUUUUGAAAAUAUCCUUUUUGAUAUUUAAUAAGAAGGGACUGUUUUUAAAGAAAACCCAUGGAUGUUUCCCUAUGUGCUCAAUGUGUGUAGCCCACUGUAGGUAGCUCUUCAAUGGACACUUUUAGCCUGUGUGAUGGAGAUCCUAUCUUUGCCUGUCUGCCAUCUCUGUCUGCUGGAUCCUGCUCCAACUUCAGCUAGCGUUAGCAUUAGCAAGCAUGCCUGUGGGUAGUAGUAGGCCAGGAAUAAGGAAACCAAAAACAGAAAGUGACUGUUUGCCCCUGCUGCCUCUCCAUAGUCUCUGCACUGGGAAUAUAAGUUGGUGAAACUUCAUCAGUUGGGUGAAGAUGACUACCAUGGAAAGAGAAACUGGACUCAUCUGCUUUCAGCACUACACUGUGUGCAAUGCAGCUUUUUGAUUGGAUGUUGGCUCAUUCUAGAUACACCUACUGUGUUGGACUGGAUCUUUGUUCUGCUUUGUGAUUGGCUAGCAGAUCAUGGCGGACACAAACACUGUGCUGAAUUGGAGAGGUCUUUCCUAGGGGGGCAGGGGCUUUUCUAGGGUUGCAUGGACAUUCCAAACAAAUUACAGGCAUUGACCUGACCCUAUUUCAAACUGUGUGUGUCUAUGUACAGAGUGUACAAAACAUUAAGAACACCUUCCUAAUAUUGCGAUUCGGGGCACCUCCCCCUUGCCCUCAGAACAGCCUCAAUUCGUCAUGGCAUGGACACUACAAGGAGUCGAAAGCGUUCCACAGGAAUGGCCCAUGUUGACUCCAAUGCUUCCCACAGUUGUCAAGUUGGCUGGAUGACCUUUGGGUGGUGGACCAUUCUUGAUACACACAGGAAACUGUUGAGCGUGAAAAACCCGGCAGCAUUGCAGUUCUUGACACAAACCAGAGUGCCUGGCACCUACUACCAUACCCCGUAAAAAUACACUUAAAUAUUUUGUCUCGCCAUUCACCCUCUGGGUGGCACACAAAAAUGAUCCAUAUCUCAAUUGUCUCUUUAACCGGCCUCUUAACUAGUCUCCUGCCCUUCAUCUAUACCGAUUUGAAGUGGAUUUAACAAGUGACAUCAAUAAGGGAUCAUAGCUUUCACCUGGAUUCACCUGGUCAGUCUGACAUGGAAAGAUCAGGUGUUCAUAAGGUUUUGUACACUCAGUGAAUGUGUUCUCCUAAUGUUAUUUUUGUUAGAAAUCAUAAUGGCCAAUGUAUUCAACUUCAUCCUGGUCUCUGUCAUGCACUGUGUGUGUGUGUGUGUGUGUGUGUGAGAUUGUUGACCUCAAAUGGACACUUGCUCUGCAUUACUCUGUGUGGUAUUGAAAUGUUCCAGCCCCUUAUUAAUGUGAUACAUGUGAAAUACACUGGAAUAUUAAACAAUAAGAACCUAUACAUACAACCCCUAAUGAUGAAUUUAUCAGAAAUGCCUCAAACCUUCCUAUGAUAAGUGGUUAUUUUCUGGUGAGUGUUAACUCCUUCUGGGACUAUUUCUAGCUGGUUGUAUUUUUCAAUCUAAAAUAUAUCUCUUGCCACUUUUUCAAUCAACCUUGAUGAACAUGUUCUUAUAUUUCUGUAACAACAAGUGUAAAUAGGGUGUUUAUGCAUGUGUACUAAAAAAGCUCAUCAAAAUACACGUGGACUAAAAUGUUGAGGCUAACUAUGACCAGACAAUAGAUUUGAACCCAACCAAAAGGGGAAACAACUGACAGAUAUCGAAUCACACUUUUAACUGUGUUUAGACCACAGUACUUUUCCAGUAUUAAUGCAAAAAAAAGGACAGCAAAUGUUGUUUUUAAUGUUCUGAUUUGAUGUAUUUAUUCCUCUAAACUGUGGUAGUCAUCAAGAAACGUUGAGACACUGGUUGCGACCGGGGCAAAGAGCCGCCUGUGAAAUGACAUGCUGCAUGUUGAGCCAUGUGACUUUUCUUCUGUAACAUUCACAGUUUGGUCCUGCUGCUAGGUUCCUACUGUCUUGUGUAUCAUAGAUUCCAACAAUUUAAAAAAACUAUCUAUCUGUAAGAAGCAACAAACAUAUGAGGAUGAUAGACAUCCAUAGGUGUUUAGCGCAUAGCUGUGAGCAAAGUGUCGGUCUACAGUAGUGUGGCGAGAAUAAGGGUCCCUCUUUGCAUCUCCUAAAGUGCUACGGCAUGCAGUUUUACCUCUGCGACUGGACUGUGUACUUUCUCCUAACACGCUACAGCUAGACUCAUUCAGUAGUCCUGUACUGUACUUCUGUCUUCAUGUUACAUGAACCUGUGGCAAAGGCUGUCCCCUGCUUGGUGGAAUAUCUGUCCUAACAUUACUAGGUAGGCAAAAUGCUACUACGGAACCUUUCCUUUCCUAUGGAACCUUUCCUUUCCUACAAGUGCAUGUGUAAACUGUAUGUCCAGUGGGAGGAGGUCAUGUAAUGAAUGGAGUCCUAUGUAAAAGUAAAUGAUAACUGUUCUGACAUUUAUGAUGCACUUCAUUAAAAACUUGCUCAAUA